UCAACCCCCACCCCCUGUGCAACCCUCUCUCUCUCUCUCUCUCAUGGAAAACCGAUUCAAACUACGAAUCUCUCGGAUGUUUCGAGCCUCAUUUGGCUCGUGCCGGUCCCGAAACAUCUCCGACGCAGUGGAAAAAGCUGUCUUUGUUCCACAAAACCACCAAAGUUUCCAUAUGCUCGAGCCUUUGUCCCCAAAAGCUCGACCCUUCCCUUCCAUUUGCAGGCCAAAACCGUGUCAAACCCCUGAAACCAUUAACCAAAGCUGCAUAAUCCAAGCCAAAGAUUUACUUCCAAGAAGAAAAAUCUCUGAGCCUCAUUCUCCUUUCGGUUAUUUUAACCCUGAUGGACGAACCUGCCCUCCUGCUUCACCAAUCUUGCCCUUGAGCCCUUUCUACCAUUUCAAACAGAUGAAGAAAGGUUCAGAUAGGAAUAAGAGUAAGAAUAAGAAGAAAAAGAAGAUGAUCCAGAUGAAGAACAAGCAAGGAGAACUCUUUCCCAUUAGCUCUUCUUCUCAAGAUAUGAGUUUUGGUGCUUGGUCGUGGUAUAGUAGCGAAGAAGAAGAGGAAGAGGAAAGAGAGGACGAGACUGACACUCUUUUCUCUUCCAAGUCUCUCUCUUCUGAUUCAUCCGAGUCUCGACGACGUCGUUCUCGUCGGAAAAGGCACGCAGCUCGGCGGAAAAGGUCAGGGACUUUGAGUUCUGAAAUGGGUCCAAUGCCAUUAAAAGGGAAAGUGAAAGAUAGCUUUGCUGUGGUGAAGAAGUCCAGUGAUCCGUACAACGAUUUCAGGCUAUCAAUGGUGGAAAUGAUAGUUGAAAAGCAGAUAUUUGCAGCUAAAGAUUUGGAACAGUUAUUGCAGUGUUUUCUAUCACUGAAUUCGUACCAUCAUCAUAAGGUCAUUGUGGAGGUCUUCAUGGAGAUUUGGGAAGCUUUGUUUUGUAAUUGGUCUUGAAGAAAACUGUCUUUGUUUUCAACGUUUGUUUAUGUUUCUAAG